GUUAAAAGUUCAGUUCAAAGUCGACUUGUGUUUUCAAGCAGCGUUUUUACAAUCUAGGGGAGGUGUAGUACAAAACUUUCUAUCUACGGAUCUGUGGCAAGUUGUUUUGUAAUACAUUCACAUCUUUAAAUCCUUGUAAGAGCUUGUAACGGCCAUGACCUCUCAGAUGUUGCAUCCUAAAAUGCUUUACAUUACGUUACAUAUGCGUAAGUAGUACUGCAUGGUACGACCUAGUAUUGCUGAUGGCCGAAGUGUGUACAGGUUCCUAUGUUUUCUAUUCUCGUAUGCCCUGUACACCUUCCUUGUGAUUGCUGCCAUAGUAUGCAUGCUGGCGUAUGAUGUUCUGCGUCGCUAUGUCGGCAGAGAGAACCUGUUGAGAGUGCUAGCUUCUGGUCUGAACGAAGAUUUAGGAGACCAACAAACAGUUCGUCACAGCGGCGGGGAGGUUACCAUCAUACCCAGGCAACGAACGCCGCUGAACAGGGACAGAUCUGAAGAAGACUCUACCACAUCAUCCAGCGCUGAUGCUAGAACUAGCUGUUCGAACGACGAUUUAGCAAACGACGAGCAGAGAGUGACCAGAAGAAAAGGAGGUGGAAGGACGUCAGAGGAAGAAAGUUGUAACACAGACAGGGCAAGGUACAGCAAGGACAUCAGAUACCUUGAGAUUGAAGUUGAUACAGCAGAUUAUCACAGGUCUGUAGGUAAAGGUAGUUCAGAAGGUGAUCCUACAGAAGACUACUGUAUUGGAGACAUUGAAGUCACGGAGAACAUGGCAGUAGCCACAAAUGGCACCAUGUUCUGCUGGGGUGCAGCCCGGAAUGGGGAGCUCGGACUGGGAGGUAUCGAGGAAGAUGUCAUCCUAGCACCGAAGGAGCAACCAUUUGGGGCAACAAAGGCAAUGAGGGAAGUGAGCUGUGGACGGCAGCACACGGUGUUUGUACUGGCAGAAGGAACUGUCUACACUUGUGGCUCCAACGACUACGGACAACUGGGCCAGGACAAGGGGCACAAGAGGCCAACUGUAAUCACAGCCCUGGAUACGCAGAGCAUACAGCAGGUGUCCUGCGGAGACUAUCACAACCUGGUGGUCAACGACAAAUACCAAGUCUUCUCCUGGGGGUAUGAUGACUGUGGACAGCUCGGACACACGCUUGAGGCAGGGGGCAAUAACUCAAGAAGGCCCAGGGGAGAAACUGAUGAUGACCCUGACCUAGAGGUCAUUCAUAAUUCUGAACCCAGGAUGGUGAAAGAGUUGUCAAGCUUGCAGAUAGUGCAGGUGGCCUGUGGAGGCAAACACUCCCUGGCUCUGUCCAAUGAUGGAAGGAUAUUUUCUUGGGGAAACAACUCCCAUGGCCAGCUGGGCAUAGGCUCCACCAAGAACCAGCCCAAACCCCAGGAGCUGACUAGCUUGACUGGCAUCCCUUUCUGCCAGAUUGUAGCAGGAGGCUCUCAUAGCUUCGUCCUCUCCAAGUCUGGGGCUGUCUUUGGGUUUGGCAGGAACACAUUCGGACAACUUGGUCUUGGGGACACAGGAGAUCGAAAGUACCCUACACACGUUAAAUCCCUGCGGUCCCUGAAAGUGACCCACAUAUCGUGUGGGGAGGAACACACGGCAGUUUUGACUCUAGAUGGCGGUGUCCUGACAUUUGGGGCAGGCAGCUAUGGCCAGCUGGGCCACAAUAGUAACAACCAUGAAGCUCUACCCAGGAAAGUGUUUGAGCUGAUGGGGUUAGAGGUCACACAGCUUGCUUGUGGCAGAAUGCACACUAUGGCAUAUGUGGAAUCAUCAGGGAGAAUCUAUUCCUUUGGUCUUGGUGGGAAUGGUCAGUUGGGUAGCAAAGGUACCACAAACUGUAACACUCCCAUCACUGUGGACGGGCCAUUCGUGCCCUUUGCAGGGGACAAUAGCCUUGAAGAGCAGUGUUAUGUAGUGCAGGCCAUCACUGCAGGAGGAGACCAGGCCUUUGCCUUAGCAAGCAAACUCCAGGGUACCCCAAAACCAUUGGACUUCAGAGAAGCCCCCCGGCACAGACAGAUCCUCUGCCUUAGUAAUGAGAUUAUCGACACAUGGUCCCAGGUUCCCUCUGGUGCCAAACUGUCUCCCGACAUCUCCAGGGACAUCCACAAGGUCUUCUCUUCUGCAGCUUGUCUCAAUGGAUCUUUCCUGCAUAGUAACCAUUUCUACUGUAGCUCAAGGAAUCCAGGGGUUGACAUAGGUGAAGCAAGAGCAGCUUUCUACAGAUUAGGGGAAACUGUAAACAAGGAUGUACUACAGACGAUAUACAAAAGUAUGACAGAAACGCUGCUAAAAUCCUUACCACAGUCCCCUCCUGACAUAGAAGCCCUAAGACUCUAUCUCCUGCUGCCUUUGAUGCAUUUCUUUGACCAAGGCACCUGUGCACAGUACCUCCACGUACCAGGACAUCUCGGCUGCCGCAUGACAAAAUUGGAGGGGGCUGCAGGGAAAAUUAUAGAAAUCUGGUUGAGUCAUGAAGCUUUCCGUGAUCUGUAUCACCGCAUGCUGCAUACGUACAAGUACAUUGCUGUGAUGGUUAUCACCAAACUAAGAACUGUGGAUAUUGUUGAGGCUACCUCUCUCUCGGGUGACCUGAAUUAUUCUUUGAAGGUGUUGGAAAGGCUGAACAGGGUAAACAGUCAGCAUGAAAUAGUACCUCACGAGCAGUUCUACAUCAGUGAGAUCAACGGCACAGUGGACAUCAAACGGGACUAUCUCAUGUGGCUGCAGCAAAACCGAGGAUACAACAAUCUCCCGGCGGUGCGUGGACCGCAUGAUGCUGAAGGUCGACAAGAGGAGGAUAUCUACUUCUGCAGUUUUCCCUUUGUGUUUGAUGCUCAGGCUAAGACAGAGCUUCUCCAAACAGAUGCCUUUCUACAGAUGCAGCUGGCAGUUGAGGAGGUGCAGGCUCGUAACUUCCAGAGCCUGUUCCUGCCCAUCGACCCAGUCAACCCCUACCUGGUGCUGAUCGUGUCCAGGGAGAACCUGGUACAGGACACACUGAACCAACUGAUGAAACAGUCCAGCCCUGAUCUCAAGAAACCACUGAAGGUGAUCUUUAUUGGAGAGGAGGCAAUAGAUGCAGGUGGUCUGAAAAAGGAAUUCUUCUUGUUGAUCAUCCGAGAGGUGAUGGACCCCAAGUUUGGUAUGUUCCGAUACUACGAGGAGACCCAAUCAGUGUGGUUCCAUGACAGGUCAUUUGAAGAGAGCUCCAUGUUCUUCUUGAUCGGCGUACUUUGUGGCCUUGCCAUCUACAACUCCACCAUCAUAGACCUGCACUUCCCACUUGCACUGUACAAGAAACUGAUGAAAAGGAACGUAACCUUGGAUGACCUGAAACAGAUCCAGCCAGAUGUGGGCAGGGGUCUGGAACAGCUGCUGGGUUACAAUGAGGAUGACUUCGAGGAUGUCUUCUGUUUGAAUUUCACAAUUGCUUGUGAAUACUAUGGCAGCAUUGAGACAGUGGAACUGGUAAAGGAUGGCAACAACAUUCCUGUCACCAAGGAAAACAGGGAAGAGUAUGUGAAUGCCUACGUGGAACAUGUACUGAACAAGUCAGUACAGAAUCAGUUUGAUGCCUUUGGGACUGGCUUCCACAAAGUGUGUGGAGGAAAAGUACUGGAGUUAUUUCACCCCAAAGAGCUGAUGGCCAUGGUGUGUGGGAAUGAGAACUAUGACUGGGAUGAACUAGAGAAGAAUGUGGAGUACAAGGGUGUGUACCACAAGAACCACCCCACAAUACUCAUGUUCUGGGACAUCUUCCACCAGAUGACACUGGAAGAAAAAAAGAAAUUCCUUUUGUUCCUGACUGGAUGUGAUAAGAUCCCUAUCCUGGGUAUGAAGGCUCUGAAGAUCUACAUCCAGCCCACCAUGGGAGGGGACACCUUCCUCCCUGCUGCUCACACCUGCUUCAACCUGCUGGACUUACCCAUGUACAAGAGCAGGGAGGUACUCAGGGUCAAACUCAUGCAGGCCAUAGAGAACACAUCAGGCUUUGGUCUGGUGUAGACAGGUGUUGUUUUUCUUCUUUUUGUUUUUUGUUCUCAAGUUUGUUCACUUAUUGUUUGUCAAAGAUUUAGUACCAGUAGCACCCAUGACACAUAGUUUGAUAUGCUUGGUAAAAAAAAGCAGAAUGGGUACUACGCCCAUUUACAUCUGCAUGUUAUAUACUGAGCAAGACCCCUCGAGGGACAUUGCACUCACCUUUCUUUAAAAUGAUGCAUACAAUGUGAGUUAAAAUAAUAUAUCAUGCCAACCUCUGCAUAGAGUGCUUAGUUGUCAAUAUCCUAAUGAGUAAGUGUGAGAAAUCAACGCACUAAGCAUCGGAUCAUUUUCUAGAUGAUCUAUUUUCACCUUGUUCCCAUCUUUAGAAGUAAGGGGACAUACUAACUUGUUACUUCACAUAUUGUGAUUUGCACAUUAUCCAGAAUUAUAGAAAGAAUAUUAUAUGUUUUGUACUAGAUUGUAGCAAAAAGGUUUUUGUUAAGAUUUAGAAUAGCAGCGGAGAUGGUGUCAUUUAUUUGAAGGAGGAAUGGUUUUGGUGCAAUCCUUCAAUUCUAAAAAAUGGUGUGUCAAGAACUUUGAAGGCCUGACACUGGUGUAUCAGAUUCUGAUCAGACAAAGCUGUUAUUGCCAUUGGCUUCAUACUAUGAGCUAGAAUUCUGCAUUAACUCUUACACAUCUUUAUUUAGAUUUGUCACAAUGGAAGUGGUGGAAGUCGUAAUGAGCACAAUAUUAAGAAAGUGGUACUGUGUAUUGUAAAGGAGCAUGGUACUGGAAUGCAUUCACACUGGUAAGCACCUACAUGCACAUGUAGUGCUUAUAUUACAAAUGUAUGAGACACAGAAUGGUUUAGCACUUCCAGUUUCUGAACCAGGGUCUCUGAAAAAUUAAGGUUGUGUUCGUAGACCAAAGAAUGUUGGCGCCUUGUAAUCUAUUCUAUAUUCAAAUAAAGUUUGCAGGGGCAAGCACUUUUACAGA